AUGCCACAAAACCCGAUACUUGAGGUGGAAGUGUUUGAUGUAUGGGGCAUCGACUUCAUGGGCCCCUUUGAGCCACCUUCUCAUGGGAAUAGAUACAUCCUAGUAGCAGUUGACUAUGUGUCCAAGUGGGUCGAGGCAAUCGCUUCCCCAACGAACGAUGCCAAGGUUGUGCUCAAGCUGUUCAAAAGCAUCAUCUUCCCGAGAUAUGGAGUGCCAAGGGUUGUAAUAAGCGAUGGAGGAAGCCACUUUAUCAACAAAGUCUUCGAGAACUUGUUGAAGAAGUAUGGAGUCAAGCAUAAGGUAGCGACACCAUACCAUCCUCAGACAAGUGGUCAAGUGGAAGUGUCGAACAAGCAGAUAAAGGGGAUCCUCAGGACGAUUGUGGGAGUCACCAAGAAGGACUGGGCAGUUAAGUUGGACGACGCUCUCUGGGCUUACAGGACCGCCUAUAAGACGCCAAUAGGAAGGACACCUUUCUCGCUCCUUUACGGGAAAUCGUGUCACCUUCCGGUGGAGAUUGAGUACAGAGCACUCUGGGCAAUCAAACUGCUCAACUUCGACAUCAGGUCUGCCCAAGAGAAGAGGGGUUUCGACUUACAUGAGUUGGAAGAGAUCAGGCUGGACGCAUAUGAGAGCUCCAAGAUUUACAAAGAACGGACUAAGGCAUUUCACGACAAGAAAAUUGUGCCUAAGGUCUUCAAGGUUGGAGAAUAUGCGCUGCUUUUCAACUCGAGAGCUAAGUUGUUCCCUGGGAAGCUCAAGUCCAAGUGGUCGGGCCCGUUUGAGAUUAAGGACGUCCUUCCUUAUGGAGCUGUCACUUUGCUUAACAACAAUGGCGAGGAGUUCACGGUGAAUGGCCACAAGCUCAAACCGUAUUUGGGCCAACGCAUUCAAGGAGAAGGAGUCUCAACUCCUCUUCCGGACGCUCCCUUAGCCUAA